AUGUUCUACAUUCAGCUCUCACUAUAUGGACUCUUAUGGAUGUGGCUGCCACUACGCCAUGGGCAGCCAAUAAAAAACGAUCUAAAGGCUGAUGCAAUAGUGCUCUCAAAAAUUCUGCUAACCAGAAUCCAGGAACAUCCCACACAGGUCAAAUAUGCCAGUAGUCUGAAAAGCAGUGGUUUGGACUUCAUACCAGAUGAGCAGAUAUUGUUGAGCCUGGAACAGAUUGAUGAAGUUCUUGAAGUAUUCCAGAUCAUUCUGUCCAAUAUUCCAAUGGAAGAUGUGGAGCAAAUGCUGAUUGACAUAGAGAAUCUUCGCAGCGUAAUUCAGCUUUUGAACAGAAUUAUGGGCUGUAUGGGUAGAGAGCCCAAACACUUAAACAUAGUGGAAGACUUAAAGGAACAACAUAAAAAUGCCUCCUUUACUAUAGAAAAGGUGACGCUUGAUCGUCUUCAAAAUUCUCUGCAGAGCAUUGUUCAGCACCUGGACUACAUCACGGGCUGCUAA